CUAGUUAUCCAAGUAGAUUUCUUUUUAUAAAAUGUAUUAUGUUAUACAUACAUAUACACGUAAGAGAUAUAAGAUAUCAUUGAGGAAAUCAUUUCUUCACAAUUCUUACGUUUCAAUUCGUGCAAUUUAAUUUUCUCAUUCCCUUUCAAAAUUAUCCUAGAACGUGACUCGUACAGUUUAUUCAAAGAAUAAAAAUACCAUAAUUCUAAUGCAUUCAUUAAAUGCUUUUUUUCUUCCCUCCCCCCGAAUAAAUAACUCUUAUAACACGGAUGAAAAUUAGAAAUGUAUUACUGUGUUACUUGUUUGAAAUUUUCUCUCAUCUUUCUUUCUUUCUUUCUUUUUUUUUUUUUUUUAAGAUUAUUCUUCUUCUCCUCUUUUCUCUUAUUCCAGGUAGAUCUCAAUACCAAUGGUAUAGUUUAUCCAAUGAUUUUCGAUGGUGUACGAAGGCAGCCAAUCAUACCAGACGCAGUACCAUUUCCUUGUAACAUUCGUUUCGGCAGAUCCCCUUACGUACCGGAAAGUGUUCAUAGAUUAAGACCAGGUGACAUUGACGUGAUCGGUGGUCUUGGUGAUUCUCUUGUAGCUGGUAGUGGUGCUUUGGAAGAAUUCGCUAUUGGAACUUUCAUUGAAGCACGUGGAGUCAGCUGGUGCAUUGGCGGCCAAGAUAAUUGGCGAAAAUUUUUGACACUACCAAAUUUAUUAAAGGUAUUCAAUCCAAAUUUAACUGGCUACUCGACCGGUACAGGCGAAUUUAUUUCAUCAAAAGCAAGAUUAAAUAUCGCUUUUCCUGUAGCAGCUACCGAAGAUGCCAUAAAACAAGCAAGAAUCCUCGUGCAAAGGAUAAGAAAUGAUCCUAGGAUUAAUUUUACCAAACAUUGGAAGUUGAUCACUAUUUUCUUCGGUGCAAAUGACAUUUGUUCGGCUCAAUGUUAUAAUCCUCAACAAUUUUCACCAUUACGUCAUGCUUUUCAUUUAAGAAAAGUUUUGGAUUACCUUAAAAUAACAUUACCUCGUACACUCGUUAACUUAAUUCCUACAAUAGAUGUCACGAUUUCUCUUAGAGUUAGAAAAAGUCCUAUGUGUAUUAUAUUACAUCCACUUUAUUGCGCUUGUAUGCAUCAAGGACAUCGACCAGAUAUCACAACCUCAAGAAUGUCAAUGAUGUAUCAGGAGGCAGCCGAAAGUUUGAUCAAUUCUGGAAGGUAUGACAAUACGCAAGAAUUCACAGUAGUAUUGCAACCAUUUAUGAAACAAUUCAAUGCUCCAAAUGCCGAUCCCAGUAGGGCAAGGCCAAUCGAUCCUAAUUUGGUCACAUACGAUUGUUUCCAUUUUAGUCAAAAUGGUCAUGCACUUGGUGCUAAUCUUCUUUGGAAUAAUAUGUUCGAACCAGUUGGAAAUAAAACAGAAAAAGGAUUACCUAAAAUAUUAGAAAGGAUUCGAUGCCCUACAGAAAGAGCACCCUAUAUAUUCACAAACAUAAAUUCAAUGAUAUUUCAACGAACAGGAUAUCAAGAUGGAAUUAUACCGAAACAAUGGAAAAAGUAAUAAGAUGGUAAUAAUUUUUGAAAAUGAUUAAAUUUAUAGUAUAUAGAUUGAUAUACCACAAUUCAUAAUAGCUGUGAUCAUUAUAAAACUAUUAUUAGAACAAUUAAUCAUGUUACAUGAUCUUA